AAAGCACGCCAGUAUUGAAGGCGGCGAAAUUUGCCGGCAGUUGGGCGGGGCCAGCCCCCCGGCUCCUCCCCCUUUGAGCGUAACGGUCGCGCUCGCGUCGCCACUUGAGUGACAGACUGCAGAAGCGCGCGCUGGAGUGCGCGUGCGAAGCGGUGUCUCCAAGUGUGGUCCGUUAGCCCUCUCCCAGACGGACCGGUUCGGCCUCGCCGGGUGUCAAUGGGUAUCCCGUCACAUGCAUCCGCAGCUUAAGCGACAGCGCCCUCCGAGCUCCAGAAACCAGGGCAAGACGGGAAAGAAAUGGUGGAGGGGGGGGCGGCAAAGAGAGCUGCUCCCCCAGUCAUGCUGAUCUGACACAGAGCUGGAAGGGGUUUGGCCAGGUGCUGCUGCAGCGAUGACGAGGGUGACGGUGAAGCUGCAGAGCUAGGAGGCAGAUGGUGUGGGAACAAUGGAGCUCCCCAAUGGCCAGUCAGGCGUCGGCGCUUAUGCUGCCACGGCCUCAGAGAGAAGCAGCAGCUCGGAGUCUCUCAGUGACAAGGGGUCAUCUGAGCUAAAGAAGAGCUUUGACGCUGUGGUGUUCGACGUCCUCAAGGUCACACCAGAAGAAUAUGCGGGACAGAUCACGCUCAUGGAUGCUCCAGUGUUCAAAGCCAUCCAGCCGGAGGAGCUAUCAAGCUGCGGGUGGAGCAAGAAGGAGAAGCACAGUUCAGCCCCCAAUGCCGUGGCCUUCACUCGUAGGUUCAACCAGGUCAGCUUCUGGGUAGUCCGAGAAAUCCUGCAUGCCCAGACUCUGAAGAUCCGAGCCGAAGUCUUGAGCCUGUACAUUAAGACUGCAAAGAAACUGUGUGACAUUAACAACCUGCAUGCGGUGAUGGCUGUAGUGUCAGCGCUGCAGAGUGCCCCCAUCUACAGACUGACCAAGACGUGGGCACUGCUAAGCCGGAAAGACAGGGCCACCUUUGACAGGCUGGCAUACCUGAUGUCCAAGGAGGACAACUACAAGCGCCUGAGGGAGUACAUCAGCAGCCAGAGUAUGACGUCCUGUAUCCCCUACCUGGGGAUGUAUCUGUCAGACUUGACCUACAUAGACUCGGCCUACCCCUCCACCGGCAGCAUCCUGGAGAGUGAGCAGCGAUCAAACCUGAUGAACAACAUCCUGAGGAUCAUCUCUGACCUGCAACGCUCCUGUGAAUAUGAUAUACCAGUGUUGCCUCACGUCCAGAAGUAUCUCAGCUCUGUUCAUUACAUCGAGGAGCUUCAGAAGUUUGUAGAGGAUGACAACUACAAGCUGUCCUUAAAGAUUGAGCCCGGUACCAGCACCCCUCGCUCCGCAGCCUCCAGAGAGGACCUCGCAGGUCCGGAUACAUCCUCUCCCCAGUGUGGCCGGAGAGGGACCUCAGCAGACGGCGCCUUGGCCAAAGGGCCGGCCACGCCUCCUUCACCGCGAAGCCUCAUUCCCUACGGACACAGGAAGUGCCGCAGCCUAGGAUACAACUUCAUCCACAAGGUAAACACGACCGAGUUCAAGAGCGCCACCUUCCCCAAUGCCAGCUCCAGGCACCUGCUGGACGACAGCGUCCUGGAGAGUCACACACCCGGCCGGGGCCAGGCGGAGAGCUCCACGCUAUCCAGCGGCAUCUCGCUCGGGAGCAGUGAUGGCUCAGAGCUCAGCGAGGAGAUGUCCUGGCCCGCUUUCGAAAGGAACUGCUUCUAUCACUCCCUGGGCCCUGUGACCAGGGUGGCCCGAGUUCCUUACAGAGGAGCCCAGAAAGCUGGCAGCUCUGCGGAAUCAGAGGAGCUGGCCAUACACCUGUUCCCGGGGGCUGUGACGGUACAGGGGGUCCUGCGGAGAAAGACCUUGCUAAAGGAGGGGAAGAAGCCCACGGUAGCAUCGUGGACAAAGUACUGGGUGGCUCUGUGUGGAACGCAGCUAUUCUACUACCCCGCCAAGGCCCUGAAGGCCACACAGAGGAAACACUUCAAGUCCACCUCCAGCAAGAGCGUGUCAGUGGUAGGCUGGAUGUCCAUGAUGGCAGACGACCCCGAGCACUCAGAUGUCUUCCUGCUGACUGACUCUGAACGCGGAAAUACUUACAAGUAUCAGGCAGGAAGCCGGGCAAAUGCUCAGCUGUGGUUUAAGCACCUGAGUGCAGCCUGCCAGAGCAACAAGCAGCAGGUUCCUGCAAAUCUGAUGUCCUUUGAGUGAGCAUCCUGCCCACGGAGCCCGCAGCAGUGUGACGACUUCGCCUCCCACUGCCCUCACCAGAGCCUGCCCACCUGCCACUGCUGCCUUAAGGCUGGAGGGGCCUUGCCUGCUGCCUCUGGCUGGGUUAACCACUGACCGCAGGGUCAUGCUGCCCUGCAGCUCCGAAAUGCUGCUUCAGACCUGUUUCCUUUUCCUCAUAAACAUGUGGGGACCUUGGAACGGACGCGGAUCGCAUCGCGUGGGACCUCAGUGUCGUCUGGCCUCCUCUUUGCUUGCCAGCUGGCCCUAACCUCCCAUUACUGUUUCUUUUUGUCCUGCCCGUGUUGCAUUGUAAACUAGUAAAUGGGCCCAAGUACUGGUCCCAGAGGGACGCCUGCUUAGUGGCGCGCGCUACACCUGGGGCACCUGGGAGAAGUUUACGGAGCAAACACCAUUUGUCUCUCUGGAGCCCUUCCUCAUUGUAGGGGUUGAGUAUUUUCACAGCUGGUUGCUACUAAAGAAAGAAGCAUGAAACAGGAUUUUCAGUUGCCAUUUUUUUUGGGGGUGGCGACUUUUGCUUUAUUUGUGAACAGGGACUCGUCGCUGCAGCUUUUUGAGCACUAUUGGAAUAUUCGAAUAUUCAGCUCUCUUCCUUUAUGAGUUUACACUCUGGGUAAAUUUAUAAAUAAGAAUUCAAAUACUAUAGGUACAAUGUAUGUUUUUGUGAUCACAUUUUGAUUAGUUCAUUCAUCCGUCUUUUUAAAAAAACCUUUUUUUCUGCCAGCAUGAAUUCCAUCAAUGAACAUUUAGACCAAACCUUGUUAAUGAGACCUUCACACUGAGCAGCUGAAAGACUUUGGAGGGUUGCGAGUGAGUGAGGGUUCUUCACGAGGAUGAGUGAAACAUGAGCUCCGUGACGUACCGCCACCUGUAAAAACACACGCUUAUCAGCUACGCAAAGUACAGACGUUUCCUUCUUAUCUUUUACUUAGCUGUGUUUAUUCAUAACUUGUUUUUUGGGAGUCUCCAGUAUUAUUUUUUAUGGGAAUGUUGUUCAUUCAUUCGGUUGUUUAGCUAUUACAUUUAUUUGCUCUUUGAGUGUCUUAUGUACCAGUUCUCAUUACUUGACUUUUUUAUAUGUGCAUUUGAUAUGUUAAUCUCUGACAGCUAGCACAGCAUCACAUGUAACGUUAUGUUCUUCCUGACACUCGCUAUUAAGCGGUGUUAAGCUGACUUCAGAUCCAAACGAGCUCAACGACUCAAGUCCUGCUAGUUCACUAUGAAUUUUUAUUUUUAAUGUAAAAGGCACAAAACCUUAUAUCUAUGUGUUUCAAAUAUUGCCACCAUUUUGCUUCCAUGUGUGAAUUUGGAUUUGCAUCUUGGCAGUCAAAUUGGUGUGAAUUACACUGUUAGGGGCUGGGUGCUUUGUGGAUAUUUCAGUAGAAGAAAAUUAUAGUUAUUUUGAAAAUGAAUCCCAGGGUCAGUUUCACUAUUGGGUCCCUGAGCGAGGCCCUUAACCCCAAAACGCUACAGGGAUUGACUGACCCUGCACUCUCAAAAUGCACAUUGCUUUGGAUUAAUGGCUCUGCUAAAUAAGGACAAUGUAUAUAUAAGAUGUAACAUGAAUAUUAUGCAACAGAAAUUGGCAGUACAAAAAGCGAAGUAUGUAGAUUUAGUUUUUUUCUGUGAAAUUGUCGGGCUCAGAAUUCUGAAGGCAGGUUCAUUUGGGUGCUAUGAGGGUUGCAGUGGGGGAGCAGUGAGCACCAGGACACAAGAUGAGGCAGUAAGGCAGCCACUGAUUGGGAGAUGUCGGGGGCCAAUCAGCGUGUACAUUAGGCCGUCAUGUUGUCAUCUAGCCCAGUGUAGGCACAUGCCAGUGCUUGUUUCUAAUUGAGAUUUAACCUCAUUGUAUGUGGAAAGAGGCAGCUCCCAGACCCUGUUUGCUGUGAGAUAUUGUGCAUUAUUCUGUUUGUGCCAAGGGCAAGUUAGGUAGCCUUUCCAUAAAAUGUCACUAUGGACACCGUUUACCCAAUGUGUCGUUCUGAAUAAAGCAAGUCUGUAGGUAAUUUGGUGCAUCUCCAGCAUGGUAACAAGAAAGAGAAAUGAUACCUUUAAAGGUGUAAAUGAUCUGCAAGGGAUCUGUGCACAGGCAAUGCUUUGCCCCUCACUGCACCGGCUUUGUUCAGUGGUUAAAACGGGAGUUUGUGGUGAGUAGGUGUCCUGACAUGACACUGAAUGAAGACCUGGGGUACCUGCACUAACCAGAGAUUUGUUGUAACUUCUGAGACUAUUUGCACACCAGGCACAUGAAUGGAUUGGCUUUUAAGUAGUCUAGAUAAAGACCUGGCUUUAAAUAAUAAACCCCCCCCACCCCAAUUCUAGUAACAAUGUGUCCAAAUAUUUUUAACAGAAUAUUUUUCAUGAAGUUUUGUGUUUGUGAUCUACAAAAUACAUCUACAGAUGCACAGGUACAGUCACACCUGUGUUUGACAGAAUUAGCAUUUUCUGCUGAUGUGUACAUUGAGCUGCUUGCUGCCCAUUACUGAGCCUGAGAUUGGCACGUAAUGCUGGACUGGUUAGUAACCUGACCGAUGAUUGUGUUACUGAGUGUCAUCAGGCUGGCGAGUCGCGGUCACCUCCCUGGCCCUCCAGUGUCACACUCAGAUGGGUGGCUGCUGGGGUCAGUGUUUCACAGAGGCUGCAUGUCCCAGGUCAGCACAAUGACCUUUGAACUGAGCGAUGGGCUCCUGGGCACGAGGCAGGUCAAAACAAUCCUCCUUUUUUGGGUUUGGGUUUUUUUUUUUUUUUAUUCCUGAAAGUGGAAUGUAAAGAUUAAAUACCCAAGUAUGUAUGAGUGAGUAAACACCAUGAUAUUGUGGUUUGCACAACAGUAAGCAUUUGAAGAUUUUAGGUACAGGCCUGACUAGAUUUUUCCUACUGAAUUAAAAAUCUAUUUGGAUUGUUGAACCUUUGGUUUCAGUUCAUUUUAUUUUGCGUGGGAGCAGCAUAUUGUGAUGGAUGGAGAUGAGGGUUAUUCUGAAUGUUACAAGCUACAAUUCUGAUAUUUAUGUUCUGAAUAAUUAGCAUAUAAUUUGAUAUUUAAUUGUGACAAGUUAAUUAGAAAACGAACUGGAAAAAAAUAACAAUGGUAAUGCCACUGAAGGCUAUGCCUCUACUGGUGCUUUACAUUUAUGAACAUUUGUGAACACUAUCAAAACGUUAAGUUCUUGUUUAUAUGUUAUGAUGUUUAAUCCAUGGACUGUGGAAUGCAUCUGAACAGAGAGGAAAUAAAGUCAUGUCCAUU